UCCUACUAACACCAAUUGUUGACUUAAUGAAACAUUUGAAUGUUGAUCUUUUCCUUCAUUUAACCCCUUCUACUGAGAUUCCAUGGAGGGACCGCGAUCGAUCGACCGAUUUAUCAAUCUCCUUUCUCGACGUCACCGUCGGUCAUUUCAUACCUCUAAUGCCGUGUUUGAGUUAACAAACUCGCAUAAUUAAUCGCAUCCUUUUUAUCGUCUUCAUCGGAAACUGAGAGGCGAAAACAUGUUCUUAGCACUAUGAAGGACCUGCACCAGUACCUCGUCUCAUUCCUCGUCGGGGUUGUGACGACGACGGCUUGUUUGUUGCUGUUCCUGUCGGCGGAUUUAGGCCGAAGAUCGUCGACCACUCUCUCGCCUUCGGCUCCGAAAAUUGCUUCAAGUGUUGAUCCUCUCAAUAGAACAGUGUUUGCUUUUGCUAGCAAAGAGGCUAACACAACAAGGAAGGCACAUCACACUCAAAAGCGAAGAACACCAAAAUCUGAAGAUCUACCAGAGCUACUAAAAAGAGCAGCUGCAGGCAACAACAAGACAGUCCUGAUGACAGCAGUUAAUGAAGCAUGGGCUGCGCCAAACUCCCUCCUCGACCUCUUCCUCGAAAGGGGUGAUGUUGAAUAUGAUGGUAAAUAA